AUGACUUCCUCAGCAAAUGUUUCCACACAGUCCCCUCCGCUACCAGCUGAUGCGGAUGCCCCGCCAACUUUUCAGGAAUGGUACUCCUUCGAUGCACUCUCCAACUGUUGGAGCCCACUUCCACCCUCUACCUCAGUGACUUGCGAUGAGAGCACAAAAUGCCUUCGCCAAGUUUCCGAUGACCGUAUGGCCGGCAUCAUUUCCACCAUACGCAAUCAAACACCCCCACCCAACAUACUCUUCUUCCAAGAAGUCCCUAAGGCAGCACUGUUUUACCUACUCAAUGAACCCUGGAUUCGCGAAAAUUGGUAUUCUAACGAAGGGGACUCCAGCAACUACGGGGGUCUCGCAUUCAUUACCGUGAUACUCUUAUCCAAAGCCAGUUUCAGUACAGACAGUCAGGACCCAGACAAAGCAUGCCUCGGACCAGUCUGGCGAGUUGAUUAUCCAAGUAAGUUUGACCGAGACGCUCUCUGCUGUGAUGUCUUCAUGCCCCAAUCCGCUACCCGUGUCCGUUUGGUCAACGUGCAUCUGGACUCUCUUGCUUUCCAGCCGAGUUGUCGUCCGCGGCAGCUCGCCAUCGUUGCUAAUAGUCUCCGUUGUGCCGGGCAUGGCUUCGUCGCAGGAGACUUCAACCCUGUCCUCCCAGAGGAUGACAGUCUCGUGGCCACCAACGGUCUGGUAGAUGUGUGGAACGAGCUGCACCCCGACGAACCGGGCUUCACCUGGGGUCUUGAUGGUCGGGAACCUUUCCCUCCAGGACGGUUGGACAAAGUGGCCGUUUUUGGCCUGAAGGGGCAAGAGAUGGUCAUUCUUCAUCCCGGUGCAAUCAACAGCGCGGGACAGGGUCUACUGCUACGGCAAUUGGAUACCCCAUUGCCUUGGAGUGACCAUUCAGGUCUAAAGUGCUGCUUACGUCUUGCUGAAGAGCCCUUGUAAGCAUAUCAUCAAGCAUUCCCUCUAGUCUCUUUCUCUUUAGCUACUCUAUGCAUUUACCUCUAGAGUAAGGACACACAUCUUCCCAGGCUCCCCCCUCCCACCACCCACACACGUGGCUCUACCAUCCAUUCAUCCUAUUCCAUUAACCCCAACUGGUCAGACGCACCUGUCUAUCACUGUAUGCGUAUAAUAGGACAAGACAAGACAGGAAGGGCAUGGCUAUAUCUCCCAUGUCCUCCCCAAUGCCUAUAUCUAUAACAAUGCAUCCAAUAAGCACCCCAUAUUUUCUAUAUACUGUAGUUGUGACAGCUUCAUUGGUUGAC